GCGGGUGUGUCCGUGGGUCCCGGUCGGCGUGCUUGGUGUUUCUUGCUCCGGCCCUCCCGGCCUCGUGCAGCCUCUUCAGAGCCCGGCGUGUGGCCCGGCCUCGAGCAUUGGCGAUCAGAGUCUCCCCCUCCUCCUCUGUCUCUCUCUUCAUCGCACCUUCCGUUGCCCUCCCCCCCCCCGCCUGCAUCAUGCUUCGUGCCGCCUCCUUCACCCUCCGUGCUGCCCACCAGAGCCGCCUGGCCUUUUCCCAGGGCUGCUCCGCCGGUGCCCGCGCCUUCUCCACCGCCAACACUGACAAGGUUGUCACCGCCACCGUGGAGAACUUCGAUGAGCACCUCAACAGCGAGGGCCUCGUCAUUGUGGACUUCACCGCCGAGUGGUGCCCGCCCUGCCGCAUGCUUGGCCCUGUCCUGAAGUCCGUCGUCCCGGAGAACGGCGGCAAGCUGAUCAUCGUCGACACCGACGACAGCCCGGAGAUCGCCACUCGCUACUCGAUUUCCUCCCUGCCCACUGUGCUGGCCUUCCGCGAGGGCAAGCGCCUUGGUGCCUUCGUCGGCGCCCAGCCUGCCUCCUUCGUGCAGGAUUUCAUGAAGAAGUACUAAGCGGCGCACGUGUGCCCUGCGCGGCAUUCCACUCCAUGUGCCCGUGUUGGUUGUCUUCCCUCCCGGGUUGCCGUCCACUCGCUCGCCUGGCCCCUCUUGUUGUUUUGCCAACCCGAAGGGUCGGAAUAAACCCCAACAUCUGA